GGGCGGAACCAGUUGUGCGGUGUUUUCUACCCGUCGCGUCGCUGUCGUCAGCGCGGGUGCCCGCUUCCAAGAUGGCGGCGGCAGCGGCGGUGACUGGCGUCCUAGGCCGGGCGGGCUGGAGGCUUUUGCAGCUGCGUUGCCUACCUGUGUCGCGCUGCCACCCGCCCCCGGUGUCUCGUGCCUUCCGUGCUUCAGCUGUGCGACUAAGGUCUUCAGAGGAGCACAAGCAGCAGCCUCCCCCAUCUUUUUCUGAGCAGCAUUCUGAGACACAGGGGACAGAAAAACCCCAUGCAGAACCUCCUCGCCCACCCCCCAGGUACACAGACCAGAGCGGGGAAGAGGAGGAGGACUAUGAGAGCGAGGAGCAGCUGCAGCACCGCAUCCUGACAGCAGCCCUGGAGUUUGUACCUGCCCAUGGCUGGACAGCAGAGGCCAUUGCCCAGGGAGCCCAGUCGCUGGGUCUCUCCAGUGCAGCAGCCAGCAUGUUUGAGAACAACGGCAGUGAGCUGAUACUGCAUUUUGUAACCCAGUGCAACACUCGGCUUACCCACAUUCUACAAGAGGAGCAGAAGCUGGUGCAGCUGGGCCAGGCAGAGAAGAGGAAGACAGACCAGUUCCUGAGGGAUGCAGUGGAAACCAGACUGAGAAUGCUGAUCCCGUACAUUGAGCACUGGCCCCGGGCCCUCAGCAUCCUUCUGCUCCCUCAAAACAUCCCACCCAGCCUAAGCCUGCUAACCAGCAUGGUGGAUGAAAUGUGGCAUUAUGCUGGGGACCAGUCCACUGAUUUUAACUGGUACACCCGCCGAGCCGUGCUAGCUGGCAUCUACAACACAACAGAGCUGGUGAUGAUGCAGGACUCGUCCCCAGAUUUUGAGGAUACUUGGCGCUUCCUGGAAAACCGGAUUAAUGAUGCAAUGAACAUGGGCCAUACUGCCAAGCAGGUAAAGUCUACUGGAGAGGCACUGGUGCAAGGACUCAUGGGUGCAGCGGUGACACUCAAGAAUCUGACAGGUCUAAACCAGCGCCGGUGAGAAGAAGGGAAGUAAGCCAGAGUGCCUGGAAGAAAACAAGCGAGUAGAUUUAAAGGGCUUUGAGAAGUAUGGAGCAUCAUCCAUGGAAUAGGAUGUUAACGAGCACACAGUGAAGGACUCCAGAGUCACUUCCACAGUCAGCUGGAAACCACAGGGCACUUGAUGAUCCGUCCGGGCCUGGCACUGCAGGCCCAAGCCUUCGGAUGCAUUUCUGUAUUGCAGCCGUGUGAUUAAAAAAUGUGAUGCAUCCAAGCACAGGAAGCUCCGCACGUCCCUGUUGUGGCCUCACGCGCAUCCUGAUCAGGGUUUAGAUGCUUUAGAAAUGCUCCAGGGCUCCAAAGACAGUAAGGUGUGAACCUACCACAAGGUGGCAGCUCAUCCCCAGCACAGCGCCUGAGUGAACACAGUUCCCUGCUGACGGCCUGAGCGGCCACUCCUGUGGAUCCCCUCAGAAAGCUGCCACCCACCCCAUGAGAUCAGUGCCAGCUGGAAAGUGGUGUGAUUCCAGUCCUGUCAUCACAUUAUGCCGAUGUGCACUGAGGAUUUAUCAAUGUAUUUAGGAUCUGUAAAAAAUAAAUACGUUUGAAGCAGU